CUGACGUAAUUUCAGUAUAGUGUUGGGCACGGUUUAAUUAGUUAAAGGCUGUUUAGCAUUCAGUCACAUUACACAGAGAUAGCACAGCUGAUAAGUUUGAACAGCUGAAGUUAUCAUGCAUCUGCUCGAGGAAAGAAAAGCUUUUACCCUGUUCCUCUGUUUUCUCAAGUGCAUCAGCACAGCCGGCGUCAAGAAUUCUGUUCAUAACAAAGCAGUCAUGAUAGGAGAGGAUGCCACAUUGUUUUGUGAUCUGACUGCGACGCAAGAGAAUACAAGUCGUGUUGUUUGGCAGAAACAGACAAGCGAAAACCACCAACCAGAGACUUUCUUUAUCAUUCACAAAGACGGUCGAACUGAACACCGUGAUUUACAGGAUCAUGUUAGAUUUGUUGGGAACCUCAUGGAGAAUAAUGGAUCGAUUCAGCUAAUGGGAUUGAAGCUCGUGGAUGAUGGAAUUUACACGUGCAUUUUCACCAUUAAUGAGCAACAAGCCCAGAAAGUCAUCAGCGUGACGGUACUUGUUCCUCCUGUGGGUAGUGUGAUGGGGAGUACUCAUGUUUCCGGAGCUUUCAGUGUUGAUCUGGCUUCAUGUAUGGCUUCAGGAGCCCGGCCGGCAGCUCGAGUGUUUUGGAGAUUAGGAGCCCUGAACACCUCACUGAACACACAUACCAGCUCCACGGAGCACUCAGACGGCACCUUCACAGUCCAGUCCCACAUAUAUGGUGUGCCAUCCAAACAUUUACACCAGAAGAAGAUCCAGUGUGUGGUCCAGCACAUCACAUUCACAGAGGACCUGGAGUUAGAGUACCAGAUCAAUGUCCACUAUCCUCCAGAUCUGGUGAUUAUCAGUCCUGAUGAUCCAAAUAACCCAGCAGAGGCUGAAGAAUAUCAUUGUGAAGUGGACUGUAACCCAACACCAACUUACAUCUGGAAGCGAAUGAAUGAAAGUGAGGGAAGAGCUCCUCGUUAUGAAGGCAACAAGCUUUUCUUGCCAAAAUCCUCAGUUGAUUUGAAUGGUGUUUACAUCUGUACAGCAUCAAACCAGUAUGGAAGUGCUUCAGGAAGUGUCCUCCAUGUCAAUCUCACCGGAUGCAGUGUUUUCCGCUGGUGUAUUCUCGGUGUCAUCUUCAUUGUUGUCCUCUGCUCUUCUGUGGUCCUCAAAUAUUCAAGUGGUAGAAAAACUUGUGGUGUGCUUAUUAAGAAACAGGGGCGGACUUAGACACAAUUUCAGGCCAGACAAUUCCACACCCACCCAGAUAAUCUUUUGAGAAAUGAACAGUGGGCGUCUAUUGAGAAACGAAUAACUGGCCAAAUGUUUGGCAAAUGUAAGAGUAUAAAGAAUAAGACUCUUCACGGUAUGUCCAUUAUUUCCUAAUCUACUCUGUCUUUGCUGAAGAAGACGUCAGUGUUUAUCAUGUUUUCUAUGUACUUUUGUUUGUACCACGUGAUUCCUUUGGUCAGUUUUCCCGCUUUUUACAAUAUUUGUGUUUUUAUUAGUUCCACCAUUUAUUAGUUUUACCUAUUUGUAUUUGAGUUCAUAAUGUCCUGUGUAUUUAUACACGUGAGUACCGGUCUUAUAUUCUUAUAUAUCUGUGUUCCCAGUUAAGUGUUUUUUUAAAAGGGAAAAAAGUGUUUGUGUGAAUAUGAGAGUGUGUAUGGGUGUUUCCCAGUACUGGGUUACACCUAGAAGGGCAUCCGCUGCGUAAAACAUAUGCUGAAAUUACAAACCACAGGAGAGGGACAAUUCUCCAGCAGGAUAGCGCUCCUUCUCAUACUUCAGCCUCCACAUCAAAGCUCCUCAAAGCAGAGAAGGUGAAGCUGCUCCAGGAUUGGCCAGCCCAGUCACCAGACAUGAACAUUAUUGAGCAUGUCUGGGGUAAGAUGAAGAAGUAGGAAUCAUUGAAGAUGAAUCCAAUGAAAAACUCUGGGAGUCCUGCAUGAAGGCUUUCUUCUUCAUUCCAGAUGACUUUAUUAAUCAGUGAUUUGAGUCAUGUCAGAGAUGUAUGGAUGCAGUCCUCCAAGCUCAUGAUGGAGUCAGACACAAUAUUCAUUCUGUCUCCACUGCAGCAGGACUUUAUAUUCUAUACUGGACAUUAUUUCUGUUCAGUGAUGAGACUUUAGUCUAAGCAGAGUCAGACGUUACUGUACUAAAGAAAUCAUUAAUAAUCAAGGCAUGAUCAGAUUUUAUUGUGCUCAAAUAAGCAAAAUCUAGAGGCCUUUACCUUUCAUAUAAGACAUUU